AAACACCUGACUAUAAUAUUAAGAGUGGCAGAUGAACUUGAAAGUAUGUACAAUUUAAUGAUACUUGCUCAAACGUUAACAUCUCUGUUCAAUGUUGCAUCCUGUUUAUUCAGUGCAUCUAGAGAGCCAGCUGGAUCAGCAGUGUUUUUCGCAACAUUGGUAUAUUUCACGUCGAUAUUGAUAGAAUUAGGUGUUGUUUGCUGGUUUGGAGGUGAAAUAACUACUGCGAGUGAAGAUAUAAUGUUUGCUUUAUAUGAGGUCGACUGGUUUAGUUCUAGCCAAAGAUUCAAACAUUCUUUAGUUCUGACAAUGUGUCGUAUGCAGCGGCCUAUAUAUUUGAGUAUUGGAAAGUUUUUUCCAUUAACCCUUAGUGCUAUGGUCUCAGUGUGUAAGGCAUCUUUUUCAUAUUACACAGUUUUUAGAAGAACCGACGAGUGA